AUGGCCGCCUGGGCGGGGGAAGGGGCGGGGCGAGGGGGAAAGAGCCUCCCUGGAAGGCGGGUUCGCAGACGACCCCGCCCCUUCCGGUUGGCUCCUUCUCUGUACUCCUCUGUACUCCUCUACUCCCAACUUCUGCACCUCGGUGCACAAGGGCGUCUGCGUGCACCGAAGGAGACCUCCGACUACACCGACCCCUGCAGCUUUAAGGCUCAGCUAGGGCCACUGUGGACACGUAAUUCACGCUUUGAUUUCCUCGCACGGAGAUACGGAAGGAUUGGACGAGAGCGAGCGGGGUGGGGCGGGGCCCUGCCGGAAGACACAGACCCCGCCGGCUUUCGCUCCCGCUGUCGGAGCGGGGAGGGCCCCGACUCCCGCGCGGGGCUGGGGGCGGGCAGUCGGGUCAAGUCUCCAGGCCCCGGGCGUUCAGGGGACCGGGGACGGUUCCUGGGUGCCGUGGGGCUGCUGGGCUCGGGCCACGGCGGGCAGCAGCCCCCGGAGACGGCGGCGCAGAGGUGCUUCUGCCAGGUUAGUGGUUACUUGGAUGAUUGUACCUGUGAUGUUGAAACCAUCGAUAAAUUUAAUAACUACAGGCUUUUCCCAAGACUUCAAAAACUUCUGGAAAGCGACUACUUUAGAUAUUACAAGGUAAACUUGAAAAGGCCAUGUCCUUUCUGGAAUGAUAUCAGCCAGUGUGGCAGAAGGGAUUGUGCUGUCAAGCCUUGUCAAUCGGAUGAAGUUCCUGUUGGAAUUAAAUCUGCGAGCUACAAGUACUCUGAAGAAGCCAAUAAUCUCCUUGAAGAAUGUGAGCAAGCCGAACGACUUGGAGCUGUGGAUGAAUCGCUGAGUGAGGAAACUCAGAAGGCUGUUCUUCAGUGGACCAAGCAUGAUGAUUCCUCAGACAAUUUCUGUGAAGUUGAUGACAUACAGUCUCCUGAUGCUGAAUAUGUAGAUUUGCUCCUUAAUCCGGAGCGCUACACGGGUUACAAGGGACCAGAUGCUUGGAAAAUAUGGAAUGUCAUCUAUGAAGAAAACUGUUUUAAGCCACAGACAAUUAAAAGACCUUUAAAUCCUUUGGCUUCUGGUCAAGGGAAAAGUGAAGAGAACGCUUUUUACAGUUGGCUAGAAGGCCUUUGUGUAGAAAAAAGAGCGUUCUACAGACUUAUAUCUGGCCUCCAUGCAAGCAUUAAUGUGCAUUUGAGUGCACGGUAUCUUCUACAAGAUACCUGGUUGGAAAAAAAAUGGGGACACAACAUUACAGAAUUUCAGCAGCGAUUUGAUGGAAUUUUGACUAAAGGGGAAGGUCCAAGAAGGCUUAAGAACUUGUAUUUUCUCUACCUAAUAGAAUUAAGGGCUUUAUCUAAAGUGGUACCGUUCUUUGAGCGUCCAGAUUUUCAACUCUUCACUGGAAAUAAAGCUCAAGAUGCAGAAAACAAAAUGUUACUUCUGGAAAUACUUCAUGAAAUCAAGUCAUUUCCUUUGCAUUUUGAUGAGAAUUCAUUUUUUGCUGGGGAUAAAAAAGAAGCAAAUAAACUAAAGGAGGACUUUCGACUGCAUUUUAGAAAUAUUUCAAGAAUCAUGGAUUGUGUUGGUUGUCUUAAAUGUCGACUAUGGGGAAAGCUUCAGACUCAGGGUUUGGGCACUGCUCUGAAGAUCUUAUUUUCUGAGAAACUGAUAGCAAAUAUGCCAGAAAGUGGACCCAGUUAUGAAUUCCAUCUAACCAGACAAGAAAUAGUAUCAUUAUUUAAUGCAUUUGGAAGAAUUUCUACAAGUGUGAAAGAAUUAGAAAACUUCAGGAACUUGUUACAAAAUAUUCAUUAAGGAAAACCAGUUGAAAUGUGCCUGUUUCUGGACAGUGGAGGCCCAAGAAUGGAAUUUCAUUCAAAGGCAUAAUAGCAUGAGUCUCAAGCCAAACAUUUUAUACGAAGCUGCUUUUGUAAAAGGGAAUUACUUUGUUUUAAGUAAACAAUUUUUUUUAAUUUUGUUAAGUCUAUGGAUAAUAUUAUUGUGAAUAAAAUUAAUACUUUGAUAAUGUGGUACAAAUUUUAAAGUUUAAUAUUAAGUAAAAUCAGGAUUAUCAAAUUCAUAUAUGGUAAACCUAAGUAAAUGUUUUAAGUCUCUCAAACCAUAAUUUUGUGUAAGAUGUAAUAUAAUAAAACUAUGGCCAAUGUGACAAGUGUUCAAUAGGAAAAUGCUAAGGAAGCUCAUGAAUGGCCUAUUAUUAGCAGCCUAAAUGUUUCAAUACAUUUAGUGUUACCAGAUUUAGUAAAUAAAAAUACAGAAUGCCCAGUUAAAUUUGAAUUUCAGAUAAACAACAAAUAGUAUUUUAAUAUAAGUAUGUUGCAUGCAAUAUUUCAGACAACUAUAUGUCAAAAAACUAUUCCUUAUUUAAAAUUCAAAUUUAGCUGGGAGUCCUGUGUUUUCUCUGGCAACCGUAUAAAACAUUGUUAUGAAACAGAUCACUUUUAGAAUUAUAUCGGUAUUUUGACUGGCUUAUUUUGGUGUAUAGAAAGAUAAAAUGAUAACUCAAAGGUGUAAGGGAUUUCUAAACAGUGUGAAAAGUUGAAUACAUUUAUAUAUUUAUUCUCAUAAUACUUUCCCUAAUUCUGAAUAAAAUUUUGGGGAAACUUUUUAUUUUUAUAUAAUUUCAAACUGACAGAGAUGUUUCCAGGAUAGUACAAAGAACUCUUUUACCAGCUCCACAAAUUGUUCCUAUUUGCUUAGUCUCUCAUGGUCUGUCUGUAUAUAUACACACCUAUACUGUCUUUUCCUCAAUCAUUCGGAAGUCAGUUACAGGCAUCAUGCCCUUUGAACCCUAAACACUUCAGUGUGUAAUACUAAAUCAUUUAUUUUAAAUGAUUUUUUUCAGAAAAAAAAUCAAACUAUAUACUACUAUAAGCCUUAGAAUGAGGAAUCAUUUUGAGUUCCAACUUAAAGUUCUUUUUGAGUCUUGUUACCCUUUUAAUGCUUAAUCUGUAUAGUCAUAGGGCAUAUGGUGAUUUGGUUUUUGUACAUGACAUUCAUUUGUUUUUCUCCCAAAAACUAAACUGUAAUUUUCAGAGGUUUUCAUAAGGGGAGGAUCUUCAAUGAUAAAAAUAUUUGAAGGGGUAUAGGAAUUUCUAUCACAUGGUAAUUGAAGGGAAAAAAGAAACUGUAUACCUCAAAAUCCUGGGCCCUCUCUGUAUGUCUUAGCAGGUAUACCAUGUUGCAAUGUAACAUUACUAAUAAAGCAAGGCUUAUUUAUAUAAUGGUUUAGAAAUGCCACUUUACACUACUGUAUACUUUUUCUUCUCUAUAUCCCUAAGGCCUGGUAGUGUCAAGCACAUAGUAGGUGUCCAGUAAAUGUUCGUGGAAUAAAUGUAUGCAAAUGUAUUCAGUAUAUUUAAAUAGUCACAGAUCUAAAUUUAACAAUAUAUAUCCUGUUUUCCUUUUCCCCCUCAUUUGAAUAGGGCAGGAAAAGAAAGACAAAAACCUACUAUUAGUCAAUAUUCUUGGAGAAUCAAAGUACUCUGAAGCGAGCACCAUAUAUAAAAGGGUUUGUAGUAUCUGAAAAUACGAUAGAUGGAUUUAAGUGGUUAUUUUGCCUGUACACCUCUCUAACUCUCAUCUUAUGCCCCUGCCCUUUUUUCUUUUUUUAACAUCCAAUCUUUUAAAAAGGCUAUUCUUAUCUUUACUUUGUCAUCCCUGGCUUGCUCCGUAACUGAAAUUGGGCUUUUGGCUCCGUAGUUCUUAACAGUCUUGUCCUUUGAAGUCUAAAACUAUAUUCAGAUUCUAAAUCCACCUUUAAGUUCACAAGCCAUUUCUGACUUGACCUUUUCUCUGCAUUUGACACUGCCGACAGCCUCUUCUUUAAAAGUCUUAUUUCCAUUGGCUUCCUUCUAUUUCACAUACUCCUGGGUGCCUCUUUUCACUUAUUCUUUAAGUUAUUCCUCAGGCUUUCAUUCCUGCUCUCUUCAUCACCACUUCUCACUUUUGAGUACUUCCAAUUCAAUGUCUAAAUCUUUAUCUUUAGCCCAGACUUCUCAGUCCAUCUGCCUACUACAUAUCUUCACUUGGUUGUCCCACAGACACCUGUGUGUGUUUAAAAAAUCAUUCUCCUCCAGACCUACUCUUAUGCCAAUGUUCCUUCCUCUGGUUAAUUUCAGAACCAUCAUUAUCUAAAUUCUCUAGGCUCACUCUUCUCCUCCCUUUGUCUCCUAUUCAGCCAAUGUCUAAUCUCUAUGGAUUUUAUCUCCAUAUCUCUGACAUAUCACUGUCAUUCCAUUUUCAUUGCUCUUCCCUAAAGCAUGAACCUUUCUCCUUUAUCCAGCUUGUCUCCUAUCUUUUGCUCCACAAUUCUACAAAGUGGACUUUCUAGAAGGACUCUAACAACAUUACUUCCUGCUUAACACACUUUAAUAACUUCACGAACCUUCAGGAGAAAGCUAAACACCUUUGCUUGGUGCACAGGGUUCUCUGAUACAUGUCUUCCUGCUCCCCACCCCUGCCACCCCAUGUUCUGUUAAAACAGACUUCCAGUUCUUCAGAUGCACUAUAGUCAGGCCUCCACACCUUGGUGCCUGCUGUUCCCUUUCUAUCAAGUGCCCUUGCCAUCUGGAAAAUUUCUAAGUAUCUUGCAGGCCCAGCAUAAAGCAUCACCUCUGUGACAUCUCCCUUGCUGCAUCCAAGGAGGAUCACCUGACUUCCUCUUUUGUGUCACCACUGUAAUUACAACCUACCUCUAGUGUGUCAUUUAUUGUACUGUAUUGUGUUUAUUUUUUAAAGUCUCCUUUACUAGAAUGUGAGCUCCUUAAGGGCAGGAAAAGGAACUAUAUCCAUUUUGCAUCUCCAUAGCAUAGUUUUUGGCAUAUGAAACUUAAUAAAUGUUGGUUGAAUAAA